GCGUGCCGUUUCUCGUCGGAUUGUAAUUUAUGUAACCUCAUGUGGCGGUUCAAAAUUUAGCUCGACAUUUAUCGGUAGCUAGUGGUUUUAGUUUUUGUUUGCUAGUCUGUCGCGAUGCCUGCUGAAAAUCUACGAUGGGAAACGUUAGAGGCCUUAAAGAAUUCACCGAAGGCAAAAAUCCCGUUCGACCCGUACUGGUCGGAAAGAGGCGAGCACAUCUUGGCAGGAUGUAAAGAGGCCAUCGGUUUGUCCUCACGCUCUGGGGUCAUAUUGGAGCGUCUCAGCUCCUCACCCCUGCAGAAGUCCGGCUUUCUGGGUUCCAGCUCUGGAGACUCCAGCCCAGGCCUGUCUGAGGAGAUCCCGGCCUCGGGUUCCUCGACAGGAUCCGUCGCCGACAUCAACAACAAGCACAACACACUCUCCACUGCCCUGACUUUAAAGGCCGAGCGUGAGCAGGUUGUUAGUGAUGAAGCGAAGGAUGAAGAUCCAGAAGCAGAUGUCAGCAAGGUUUCCAGUCCUGUGUCACCACCUGCCAUUUCCCUGAUGUCGCCCAAAGCCAUGGAGACGGCCGGCCGCAUCAUCAGAUUCGAGGAGGAACGUCGAGAAAAGGCGAAGACGGCGCUCAGACUGCGGCAGGAGAAGCAGGAGAAGCUGGUGGCGGAGGUGGCGGGCUCCGAGUCGGAGCAGCUGAAACGCUUCGAGGAGCUCAUGCAGCUGAAGCAGAGGCAGGAGUUCCAGAGCAUGAGGGACAUGAUGGACAGAGAAACUAAAGAAAGCAUCGGGCGGCAGGAGAAGCUGAAGGAAGAGCAGCGACACAGAAUGAAGAUCCUGAACCUGCGGCUGAGGGAGGCGGAGCUGGAGCGGCAGCGGCAGGCGGAGCUGGAGCGACAGCGGCAGGUGGAGGGCAGAGAGAGGCUACGCAACCUCAACACCAUCCAGGAGGAGAUCCUGCAGCUCAACCAGCUGCUGGAGCCCUCCACCCAGACCAAAACCCACCUCCCGCCGGCCAGCCUCAGCUCCUACAGCACCCGCGGGAACCAGCUGUGCUCACAGGUGUCGGAGGUGGUGCGGAAGACAGCAGAGGGAGAGUUUCCCAGCGUGGAGGACAUGACUGUGGCCGAGCGAGCGCUCCACGAGAUGCGGGCGCUGAUCCGGCUGAUGCAGGAGGAGGCCGCCAAGGUUCAAGAGAAGAAGAAGAAGGACCAGGAGGAGGAAGAGGCGCGCAGGAAGCAGGCGGAGCUGCAGGUGCAACAGGAGGCGCAGAAGGCGGCGGCACAGUCGGCCAAAGAGAAAGCACAGAGGAAAGGGCUGCAGAACAGCGCUGAAGACAGCACUUUGAAAUGGUACAAGGAGCUGCAGGAUUCAGCUGCUCAGUGCGCUCAGUCCUUCGAACAACUCAACUCCCCAAAAGACGCCCAGACAAAGAAGCUGAAGCUGGAGCUCCAGAAAGCAGCCACCAUCCCCGUCAGUCAGAUCGCCAGCAACUCUGGAUCGCAGCUCCGAGAAAUCUUCGACAAGAUCGACAAGCUGCUGUCGGGACGGCAGGUGGUGUCAGGGGGCAAGUCUGUCUCCACCUCCCAGCAUCCACAGGGCCUGGAGUUCGUCAGCUACAAACUGGCUGAGAAGUUUGUGAAACAAGGAGAGGAGGAGGUGGCGUCUCACCACGAAGCGGCCUUCCCCAUCGCCGUGGUGGCCUCUGGUGUCUGGGAGCUGCACCCUCGGGUGGGAGACCUCAUCCUCGCCCACCUGCACAAGAAGUGCCCGUACGCCGUCCCACAUUACCCCCCGAUGAAGGACGGCACGCCUCUGGAGGAGUAUCAGAGGAUUCUUGGAUACCGUGUGGACGACUCGGGGAUGGAGGGUCAGGACAGUUUCCUGAAGAGGAUGUCCGGGAUGAUCCGGCUGUACGCCGCCAUGAUCCAGCUACGGUGGCCCUACGGCUCCAAGCAGGGGGCUGCUCCUCACGGUCUGAACCACGGCUGGCGUUGGUUGGCUCAGAUGCUCAACAUGGAGCCUCUGGCCGACAUCACAGCGACGCUGCUGUUUGACUUCUUGGAGGUUUGUGGUAAUGCUCUGAUGAAGCAGUAUCAGGGUCAGUUCUGGAAACUCCUCCUGCUUCUUAAAGAGGAGUACUUCCCCAGGAUUGAAGCAGUGACCAGCAGUGGACAGAUGGGCUCAGUCAUCAGACUCAAACAGUUUCUAGAGACGUCGCUGCAGAACCGACAGAUCAGUCCGCCCAAAGGUCAGCUGAGCUCCAUGUUCUGGAGGUCGUGAUGGAGGAGACGUGUUGGAUGUUGCCGCAUGAUGCCGUUUAGAGCUGAAUGAGGCAGGAAGAGAGGGAUGCUGGGAAACAAGCUCUGUGGCUGGAAGACGCUCAUCACAUCUGUUAAACUUGUAGAAGUAACGCAGCUUCCUGCUCAGGUUUCAUUUACCGGACGUCUCAACGAGGCAGCAGGCGGACGACGACGCACCGGAGGCCGCGCUCAGCUACAUUUUUAGACUUGGAGAUAUUUAUCAACAGCUUUGGAUCAAGUUUAGAGCUGCUAACAGAAAGAUAUUUAUCUGUGGGGAGCACUUUUGGAAGAGCACCGACAUCAUCUCGCCAACACAUCCGUCCUCACAACAUCUGCUCAAAUGGAUCGCGGGUUGUCCCUCGUCCAGAUGUGUCUCCCUCUCACAGCUUCAGAGUGUACUUGAGAAUCCAUUUAUGUGCAGCAGAGAUGAGGACAUGCAAUAAUGUUGAGGUUGACGCCUCUGCUUUUUGUGAAGUGCCUGAAGUUCUCCACUGUUCACGGCUGUUUACGUCAGUUUUACUGUUCGUUUGUUGUGAUUCCUGUGAGGAAAAAGCUUUUUAUCCUGCUCAUGAAAUUUGGUCACUACAGGAUCAGUCCCACUACUCAACAGUCGCUGUUCAAAUCAAAAUUGUGUCGAAUGAAUUGAGUGUUUUGCUAUUUAUUUCUUCUUUUUUUUUUUUUUUUUUUUAAACGAAUCCACCGUGUGGAGCGAAGAUUUAUGGUUCAAUCAUUGUGAAAGAAAUUACCUCAAAGUUAAAGGUGACGCUACAGACGUUCUUCAGCCAUUGUUUUCAAUACUUUCCUCAAAUUGAAGCAGAAAUGUGUGAAAUUCAUUGAUUCAUUUUGUUGCAGCUGCAGUGUGUCCUGAGUAUAAUGUAGAAUAAACAGGUGUGUUAAAGCGCCAGAAUGAUUGUAGUCUUCAAGCGUUCUGUAAACUGUCUGAAAUAAAACCUCAUCAGUGGUUGACUGGAA